AUGGAUCCUCAGACUCAAAAUGAUAUCGCCAAGCUCAGCGAUGCCGACAGAAAAGAACUGACACAAUUCCUGGAAAACGAGGCUCAGCGAUCCAACAUUCAGCAGAUAUUUGGCUCUCUGAAUAUCUUUACUGACUCGGCGUCUGGCCAGCGGUUCACCACCUCGCCGAUGUCUGCUGGAAGAAGUGCAUCACUGGAAAGAUUUCCUCAGGCCGUCUGGGUCAGGGAGAGGAGAGCUGCGCACAAAACUGUGUCGAACGAUGGAUGGACACGAACUUCGCCGUCCUCAAACACCUGGAAACUCUUCGAGGAGGGCAAUGAUUUCAUUAGCAUCAAUGAGGAAUUCUGCAAAAUUCAGUACACUCCACAGAAGUCAUGGCAACAUAUGUUUGAUGCUAUGUAA